AUGUCGGAUUGCGUGAAGAAAUACUUUAGUCCACGACUUCUUGACUACAUAUGUGUUGUCGGCAGUCGUCAGUCGAGCGCAGACUCGCAUUCGCUGCAAAUGCCGGAACUGUUGCGACGAUAUCCGCCCGAAGACCACUCGGACUUCGCGCUCCCGCCGGACGUCGUGUUCUUCUGUCAGCCCGAGGGCUGUGUCAGCGCUUCCUAUCGGCGAACCUCUCAACGCGACACCAAUUCCUUCGUCUUCGCGCUCACAGAGAAGGACACGUCGCGCGUCAGGUAUUACUGCCAGUGCUCUCCCUCUCUAACCCUGUGCUCUUCCAGAUACGGCAUUUGCGUCAACUUCUACCGCACGGUCGCGCGGCGGACGGCCCCGGCGGCCGCUGAGGAGCGGAAGUGCCACAAAUGCCUUUCUCUGGUCUCCUUCUGCAUCAUCUCUCAUCACCCGUUCUUCUCGUCGUUCCGCGAAUGCCUUCAAGUCCUCAAACGCAUGGUUCUCGCCUUUCAGCACUCGAACCUCGACCGACGCCACAAGCGAGACCCGAUCUGGCAGUUGCUGACGACGCGCGUCACUCCUGGCGACACAUCCUUCGCGCCGCAAGUGAUUCUCGAUUUCCGCGAAGUAGAAACUUGGUGUUUGAAGCUGCUGUCCUGUCCCGUUCCCGUUCCCGGCAAGACCAAGCUCGAGCUGGAGGUCGUGUCCCGCGAGAUGCGCGCGCCGCUGCUGUUGGCGCUGCCCGACCACACGCGCUUCUCGCUCGUCGACUUCCCGCUCCACCUUCCGCUGGAACUGCUGGGAGUGGACACGUGUCUCAAAGUACUGACCGUCAUUCUGCUGGAGCACAAACUGCUGCUGCAGUCGCGCGACUACAACGCCCUCUCGAUGAGCGUGAUGGCGUUCGUCACCAUGAUCUAUCCGCUCGAGUACAUGUUCCCCGUCAUCCCAUUAUUGCCCACGUGCAUGUCUUCGGCCGAACAGCUGUUGCUCGCGCCCACGCCCUUCAUCAUCGGCGUGCCCGCCUCUUUCCUGGCCUUCAAGCGCCGCUUCCGACUCCCGGACGACGUGUGGCUCGUCGACCUCGACUCCAACCGCGUCCUCAAGCCGCCCGCCGUCGAAGACCUGCCGCCGCUGCCCGAGCCCGAGGCCACGGUGCUGAAGAACCACUUGAAGCAGGCGCUGGCCUCCAUGUCGCUCGCGCCGCAGAUGCAGUCGCUCGAGCGUCUGGAGCCGCGCGCGACCGCCGCGACCUCUGGCGCCUCCGCCUUCAACCCUCUCAUCUACGGCAACGACAUCGACUGCGUGGACGUGGCGACGCGCGUGGCCAUGGUGCGCUUCUUCAACAGCGCCAACCUGCUGUCCAACUUCGGCGAGUUCACGCGCACCAUCCGGCUGUUCCCGCGGCCAGUGGUCGCCUUCCAGGUGAACGCGUUCGUGUCGUCGCGGCCGAAGGCGUCGCUCUACGUCAACAAAUUCGUGCGAACACAAGCGGUCGAGUUUCUGGCCGAGUGGUCGCUCUGUCCGACAAACGUGGCCUUCAUUCGCGUCCAGACCGGUGUCUUCGACCCGACGGUCAUCGGCGAUAAGCACAAGUGGUUCGGCCACCAGUUGGACGCGAUCUCCGUCAAAGUGUGGAACAAUGCAAACCAACAGAUGGCGCAACUCUUCCGCGCCGUCGACGCCGCCGACUCCUCGGACGACGACUGCGACGACGAGAGCGACGACUCCGACGUCAGCACGUCGUCCUCCAUGUCGUCGCUCUCCGAACUCAUGGAUCAACCGCCUGACCACGGGAUCGAAUACCAGAAAGCCUUAUACGACUCGUCAUGUGUGGCGACCAUUAAUGACGUCAGAUCUGUGUUCAAACCGCCGGACACUUUGCAAUUGACGCAAAACCGCGACGACGACGACGCCAAAGCGACGCCAACACGACGCGCGUCGUCUCACGGGUCCGCCUCUUCCUCGCCCACGCGCUCCGCGUCGUCGACUUCGAACGCGUCCUCUGGCGGCGAAGACUGCGAAACAGAGUUCAAAAACAUGGUUUUGGGCGACAAUGCGGACAAACUCGCGCCACAAAUAUCCCCUAAACUCAUAUCAGGUCGUUCACCUCUGGAGUCCGUCGAGUCGGAUCACAGCAGGAGUUCGACUCCGCGCGCGUCGGAGCGCCCGCAGUCGCCGCACUCGUCGUCCGGGACGUCGACGCCGACGCUCUCGCGCGCCAUUUCCAUAUCGUCGGUGUUCUCGCGCUCGCAGUCGCAGCACAGGGACUCCGUCUCGGGGUUCGCCUUUCUCGACCGCUUCGCCUCCGAAGCGAAGGAAGUGGCGCGAGAGGCCAAAGCCGUGGCCAAAGAGGUGGCCAAACCGGCGGCCGUGGCCGGCAAGAAGAAGUUCCUGGCCAACCUCCAGGCCAUCAGCGAGCCCAUGAAGGACUGGCGCUCCUCGCGCGACGGCGCAGACGCGGCCUCUUCCGACUCUUCGCUCAUGUCUUCCAUGUCUUCCGACUUCAACGGUUUGGCCGACAGAACGGCGGGAAUGUUUAGCGGACUCUUCGGCAGCAAUAAGGCGAAAGCGCCGCAACCGUUCGGCCCCUUUCCCAAAGGCAGGACCGGAUUGGUGGAGAAGUCGUCGCUCAUCCGCCACUCCACCAAUCAGAAGAGCGCGGCGCCCAAAGCGCCCUCUGGCGACCACAAGCCGAACUCCCAUCAGGAGAACCAGGCGUUCCUGAAGGAGACGAUCGCUGCGGUGCUGGAGGGCGAGGGCGUGGGGUGGCUGCGGCUGUCGCGCGUGCGCAAACUCAUGGAGGACGAGAGCUAUCGGGCGCUGGUGGUGUCGCGCAUCAACAAGACGCUGGAGCGGAAGGUGUCGCCCGACGACCACAUCGACGACGUGCAGGUGUCGCGCGCCGUGUGGAAGGGAAUGGCCAAACUGGUCAGCGCCAUGAUCGCGGGGUUGGAGCGCUCGUACUGCGACCAGGGCGGCGGCGGCAUGGCCUCGGCACUUCCCAUAUUGGAGAUCGCGCACACGCACUACUGGGCCAAAGAGGUGGACGACAGCGCACGCGCCGACACGUGCUCGCAGGGGUCGUCGCCGUUCGGGUCACGUGACAACCUGGACACUCCCGCCGACACGCCUGUGGCCGAGCGGUCAUCUGUGGUGAGAGUGCCGUCGAUGGAGUCCGAGGUGUCGGACGUGUCUCCGUCUGCGCAGGCGUCGGAGGCCGGCUCCCUCACAGUGAACCCGGCGUACAGCGCACGCGCGCUCGCCAACAAGGCCAACUUCUCCGACUCCGAGAUUCAGGGUCUGCAGGGACGGCAGUCGCGCACUCCGAGCGUCUGGUCCUCCAAGUCGUCCAUCUCCACGGGUUUCCGCUAUCACGGCGGCGCUCUCAUCGGAUCCACGGGACUGCCGGCCGACGCGCCGCGCGUCUACCUCUUCGAGGGCAUAAUCGGGAAGGAGAGAUCGCACUUAUGGGACGAAAUGCAGUUCUGGGAAGACGCCUUCCUCGACGCCGUGUCGCAGGAGCGCGACCUCAUCGGCAUGGACCAAGGUCCGGGCGAAAUGCUGGAAAGGUAUCGAUCGCUGCAAGAGAUGGACAGAAAGCGGUUGGAGCACGAGGAGGAUCGGCUGCUGGCCACUUUCCUCUACAACUGCACGGCCUUCAUGAUCAUGGUGGACGUCAAUCGGACGGAGAUUCGGCGCAAGAUCCGCCGCCUGCUGGGCAAGUGCCACAUCGGGCUCCUGUACUCGGCCGAAGUGAACGAAGUGUUGGACCAGAUCGACCACUUGCGCGCCAACGACAUCGACCUCAAGCCCCUGACCUCGCGCCAGAUCCGGCGCCAGACCUUCUCUGUGCACGUGGGCACAGACGCCUCGGGCGACAUGAUGUUCCUGGAGGUGCGCGACGACGGCCUCAUCCUGCGCUCCAUCAACGGCACCAUCGUGGAGCGCUGGUGGUUCGAGCGCCUCGUCAACAUGACGUACUCGCCCAAGAACCGCGUGCUGUGUCUGUGGCGCCGCAACGGCGGCCAGACGCAACUGCACAAGUACUUCACGCGCAAGUGCAAGGAGCUGUACUACUGCAUCAAGGAGGCGAUGGAGCGCGCGGUGCAGAAGGGCCAGGGGCCGCUCCCCGGCACGGAGCUGGGCGGCGAGUUCCCGGUGCAGGACUUGCGGUCGGGCGAGGGCGGGCUGUUGCAGGUGUGCAUGGAGGGCGUGGGCCUCCUCUUCGCCAACUCCAAGGUAGGCUCUGUUGUUGUGCUCAUGCGCGGAGGCUGGGGUCCCGUAGUCAUAGCGACCCGCGUCUCCGCCCGCUGCCAACAAACUCACUCUCUCUCUCUCCCGCAGUUCUUCGUGCGCCUCGAGAACAUCCGCAAGUGUUUCACGCAGAAGGGCGGCGUCUUCGUGCUCGAGGAGUUCAACCCGAAGACGCGCCAAGUGCUGCAGCGGCGCUACAAGAGCCAGAUGUCGGACCAGAUCUGUUACGCCGUGCUCUGCGUCUUCUCCUACAUCGCCGCCGGACUCGAAGAGCAGCGGAAGCGCGACAAACAGCUGAAGGCGAGUCCGCAAAACUCGCGCAAACGAUAG